AUGGCAAUAGUUGUUGGACUAACAAUUUUAAGUCAACCCUGGAGAGACUUAAAACUCAAGUCAAUAGACAUUGUUCAAGAGCUUUUAGACGGAUUUGAAGAUUUCAUCAAGAUUAAAGAAGCCAUCAAGAAGGUCGGAUCCUUGGUUGUACUUGGGGACUUUAAUGAUAUCCUUUCAAAUGAAGAAAGAAUAGCGGCUAGAGUAAAGUUCACCUCAUCAAAAGAUUUCCCCAAUUGUUUGGCAACAUGUCAAUUGGAGGAUGUAAAAUAUGGUGAAAAUUUUUUCACUUGGUCCAACAAGCAACAAGGAAAAGAUAGAAUAUACUUGAAAAUUAAUAGGAUUCUUGCAAAUCAAGCAUGGAUUGAUGAGUUUCCUAAUGCCGAAGCCCUAUUGUUGAAUGAAAGAACUAUUGAUCACUCGCCUGGUUUACUAAAGAAUAUUAGAGGAACUCUUAUGUAUCAAGUUGUCUCUAAACUUAAAGGUCUCAAAGGGAUCUUUAAAGAGAUUAAUCACAAAGAUGAUGAAAGAGUAUAUGGAGAGCAAGUUGCUUAUGCUUUUCUCAACUAUUACCAAAGCUUACUUGGUACUAGACUAGAAAACAGACUGCAAGUAAAUGUUGAUAUAAUGCUCCAAGGACCUCUUGUCACCAAGCAACAAGCAGACUUUUUGUUAUCGGAUUACACUUUGGAUGAAGUUAAUAAGGUCUUCUUUGAUAUACUUGGCCUCAAGGCUCCUGAGCCUGAUGGCUAUGGGAGUUAUUUCCUUGAAGAUAACUGGAAGUUGGUUGGAGAUGACAUUUCCCUAGCCAUCCUUUCUUUCCUUCACUUUGGCCAAAUGCUAAAAGAAAUAAAUAAUAUGGUUCUGACUCUUGUGCCAAAGUGUAAAUGCCCCAAUAUAGUAGGAGAAUGUAGACCUAUUGUCUGUUGUCUCAACCCGAAUCCAUCUAAGUCUGCUAUUUAUUGUAGUGGAAUGGAUGAUGGGAUGGUUCAAAGAGUCUUAAGAGCUUUUGGUUUCACCAAGAGUCAACUUCCUUUCAAAUACUUGGGGAUUCCUAUAUGUGCAAAAACAAUAUCAGGCAUAGAAUGCAGUAUUUUGGUGGAGAAAAUGAUAGCAAGGAUUAGAAGUUGGAGCUCGAGGAAUUCAUCUUAUGUAGGUAGAACUACUCUUAUUGGUUCAGUUCUUGUUGCUAUUAACUCAUAUUGGAGCCAAAUCAUGGUCCUCAUAAAAAAAUCCUCAAUGCAAUAG